AUGGCCCCUCAGUUGAACGAGGAGGAGAUUGACGAUCUCAUCUAUUUCGCCCGCGCGGGUGAGAAGGAUGACUUGACCACCACGCUCACUGAGCUUGCCGAGAGAGAGAAGGUUUCGGUUGCAGAGAUCAUUGCAAGCGCAAAGGAUGAGGGCAAGUCGACUUGCUUGCACAUGGCGGCGGGCAACGGCCACUUGGAUAUCGUCACUCUCAUCCUCUCAGAGUUCGCCUCCCGGCCAAAGGAGAAGCAGGCGUACAUUGACGCCGCCAACGAGUACGGCAACACCGGUCUUCACUGGGCCGCCCUCGGUGGUCAUCUCGACGUAAUCAAGCUGCUCAUGGCGGCUGGUGCGUCGCCGGCUCUGGCCAACGACAAGAACUACGUGCCUCUGGACCUGGCCAGCUUUGGCGAGAAGCACGACGUGGUGGAUUACUUCCUCGAGCAGGCGGGUGGUCUUGAGGACAAGAACACGGCGGAAGGCCUCAAGGCUGCUGCUGAGGGCUUGAAGGUGGAUGAUGACGGCAAUGUCGAGUUCAAGAUGUCUGUUGGCGACACUUCCGAGGCUUCGGGUUCCGGGUCGGCGCAAAACUAA